AUGGCUUUUCCCCGCCGCAGGGCCGUGAAACCCAAGGCCCUGACCUGCCUUCUAGUGGGUUUGAGUUUCUUGGGCCUGCAUCUGUGGUUCCCCGAGGCCAAGUCCCAGCAGGAGAGGAUGUCGGAUGGCUCCCCGCAGAUUGCCCGUGUGGCCCCUGCUGCUGCGCCGCCGUCCAGCCCAGGGCCUCCGUGCUUGGCCAACGCCUCGGCGAACGCCACGGCCGACUUCGAGCGGCUGGCCACGUGCAUCCAAGACUUCCUGCAGUACCUCCACUGCCGCCACUUCCCGCUGCUCUGGGAUGCGCCGGCCAAGGGUGCGGGCAGCCGUGGGACCUCCCUGCUGCUGGCCGUGAAGUCGUCGCCUGCCAACUACGGGCGUCAAGAGCUCAUCCGCCGCAUGUGGGAGGAGCGCAGCUACGGCUGGCGGUCGGGGUGCCGCCUCUUCCGGCUGGGCACCGCCGCUCCCGAGGACGCCGAGCGCGCUGAGCGGCUGGCGGCGGUGGUGGCGCUGGAGGCGCGCGGUCACGGCGGCGUGCUGCAGGGGGCCUCCGCGGACACCUUCCUCAACCUCACGCUCAAGCACGUGCACCUGAUCCACUGGCUGGAGGCCCGCUGCCUGCACUCGCGCUUCCUGCUCAGCGGCGGCGACGACGUCUUAGUGCACACAGCCAACGUGCUCCGCUUCCUGUAGGCGCAGCCGCACGACCGCCACCUCUUCACCGGGCAGCUCAUGAGAGGCUCCGUGCCCAUCCGCGACAGCGGGAGCAAGUACCUCGUGCCUCCGCAACUCUUGCCCGGACCCGCCUACCCAGUGUACUACAGCGGCUGCGGCUUGGGCUGCGGCUUCCGUCUGUCCAGCCGCACGAUCCAGGCCCUGCGCCAAGCCGCCUGCCACAUCCCGCUCUUCCCUAUCGACGGCGCCUACAUGGGCAUGUGUCUGGAGCGCGCCGGCUUGGCGCCCAGCGGCCACGAGGGCAUCCGGCCUUUCGGCGUGCAACUGCCCGGCGCCCGGCAGCCCUCCUUCGACCCCUGCAUGUACCGCGAGCUGAUGCUUGUGCACCGCUUCGCCCCCUACGAGAUGCUGCUCACAUGGAAGGUGCUGCGCGACCCCGGGCUGAGCUGUGGCGGGGGCCACAGGGUCUCCUGA